AUGAAAACAUGGGUCGAUAAUCACCUAAUAGUCUCUGAUCCUUCUCAGUCAAGGACAAUGAGAAACCAGACCCUGGUGACAGAGUUCAUCCUUCAGGGCUUCUCUGAGCACCCUCAGUACCAGCUGCUCUUAUUUAUCUGUUUCCUCUCUCUCUACUCUGUGGCCCUCAUAGGUAAUGUCCUUAUCAUCCUGGCCAUCACCUGCAACCCUGGGCUCCACACCCCCAUGUACUUUUUCUUGUUCAAUUUGGCUACCAUGGAUAUUAUCUGUACCUCUUCCAUUAUGCCCAAGGCCCUGAAGGGUCUGGUGUCAGAGAGGAACCCCAUCUCCUACGGUGGCUGUAUGGCCCAGCUCUAUUUCCUUACGUGGGCUGCAUCCUCAGAGUUGCUCCUUCUCACGGUCAUGGCCUAUGACCGUUAUGCAGCCAUCUGCCAUCCUCUGCAUUAUGGCACCAUGAUGAGCAAAGCAUUUUGCAGCAUGUUGGCUGCUGGAGUGUGGGCGCUCUGUGCUUUCAACACAGCCAUUCACACAGGACUGAUGACACGCUUGAAUUUCUGUGGCCCCAAUGUCAUUACACAUUUCUUCUGUGAGGUACCACCUCUCCUGCUUCUCUCCUGUAGCUCCACCUAUGUGAACAGUAUCAUGAUUGUCUUGGCUGAUGCUUUUUAUGGCAUAUUGAACUUCCUGAUGACCAUUGUGUCAUAUGGCUUCAUCAUUUCCAGCAUCCUGAAGAUGCGGACCUCAGAAGGGAAGCAGAAAGCCUUCUCUACCUGCUCUUCCCACCUCAUUGUGGUGUGCAUGUAUUACACUGCUGUCUUCUAUGCCUACAUAAGCCCCGUCUCUAGCUACAACCCAGAGAAGAGCAAGUUGGCUGGUGUGCUGUACACCAUGCUGAGCCCUACACUCAACCCUCUCAUCUAUACUUUGAGAAACAAGGAGGUCAAAGCCGCUCUCAGGAAACUUUUCCCUUUCCUCAAAAAUUAA